CCCCGGGGCCACCGGGGCCGCCCCACCCCCGGCCCCACCGAGCCUGGGCGGCCCCAAAGGCGGCGGGAGCUGCUCGGGGACCCCCCCGGGAGGAUCCGCCCUGGGGCUGCUCCAAGAUGCACAGAACCACCCGGAUAAAGAUCACCGAGCUCAACCCGCACCUGAUGUGCGCCCUGUGCGGCGGAUACUUCAUCGACGCCACCACCAUCGUGGAGUGCCUGCACUCGUUCUGCAAAACCUGCAUCGUUCGCUACCUGGAGACCAACAAGUACUGCCCCAUGUGCGACGCGCAGGUGCACAAAACCCGGCCCCUGCUCAGCAUCCGGUCGGACAAAACCCUCCAGGACAUCGUGUACAAGCUGGUCCCGGGGCUUUUCAAAGAUGAGAUGAAGAGGAGGCGCGACUUCUACGCCGCGUACCCGGUGGCCGAGGUUCCGCUGGGCUCGCAGGAGGAGCGCGGGGAGGUCCCGGAGCGGGACCAGGGGACGCUGCCCGAGGAUGAGAUCGUCAGUCUGUCCAUCGAGUUCCACCGGGACCGCAGGGAGGAGCAGAAAGGCGCCCUGGAGAACGGGGACCGGGACAAGGACAAGGACAAGGACAAGGACAAGGACAAGGACAAGGACAAGGACAAGGACAAGGACAAGGACAAGGACAAGGACAAGGACAAGGACAAGGCCCCGCCGUGCCCGCAGAUUCCCGGGCUGCGCUUCCUGCGCUGCCCCGCGGCCAUGACCGUGCUGCACCUGGCGAAAUUCCUGCGCAACAAGAUGGAUGUGCCCAGCAAGUACCGGGUGGAGGUGCUGUACGAGGACGAGCCCCUGAAGGAAUAUUACACCCUGCUGGACAUCGCCUACAUCUACCCCUGGAGGAGGAGCGGUCCCCUGGCCCUCAAGUACCGUGUCCAGCCCUCCGGCCAGCGGUUCCAGCUGUGCCCGCCGCUGCCACCCGAGGCCACCAACACGAGCGGCGCCUCCGAGUGCGAGUCCGGCAGCGACAAAGCGCAGAGCCCCGGGCUGGCAUCGGCCCCCGGGCUGGCAUCGGCCCCCGGGGUGGCAUCACCCCCCGGGCUGGCAUCGGUCCCCGGGCUGGCAUCACCCCCCGGGCUGGCAUCGGUCCCCGGGCUGGCAUCAGUCCCUGGGGUGGCAUCGGCCCCCGGGGUGGCAUCGGUCCCUGGGGUGGCAUCGGUCCCCGGGCUGGCAUCGGCCCCCGGGCUGGCAUCGGUCCCCGGGCCCGCGCUCAACGGCUCCGCCUCGAACUGUCACCCGCUGUCACCCAAUUGUCACCCGCUGUCACCCAAUUGUCACCCGCUGCCACCCGCCCGAGCCCGCAAAACCGCCCUGAACGGCAGCGCGGGCUCGGCCCUGGGCUAAAAACCUCCGGGGGAUGCUGAGAAUCCUUCUGGGACUUGGAAAAUUAUCCUGGGACUUGGAAAAUUCCUCCUGGGACUCGGAAAAUUCCUCUUGAGACUCCAACAAUUCCUCCUGGGACUUGGAAAAUUCCUCUUGAGACUCGGAAA